CUUAUCAUGAGCCGAAUGCAUAAAAUCCAACAUUACAGUCCUGUCAGAGUCCCGCUUAAAAUCGCAGGUGAGUUCACGAUCCUGUGAGUCAGUAGCGCGACUGGUAUUUGGCAGGAUUUCAGUGUUUCAGCAGAAUCACAGCUGAACAGCACUUUCACUAAAACGUCUCGCGACUGCGUCUCGUGUCUUUGUUUACUUCGUUUUAAAAAGAAAACUUCAGUUUUUUCGUUUGAUCAAUAUCAGAAUUGAAAAGUUACUUUUGCAAACACUGUUUUUUGCCAUCUUCAUUCAACUUUCCUUCAUAGUCUCGUGCCUUUCUGUCAGAGAACGAAGUUACGUUCAUCAGGCAAAGACUUAGCCUUUUUCAUUCUUGCGCACAAUUUCCAAUAAAAUAUGAAAGAAACUGUGGCUUCUUCCGAAAUAAACAUGAAGGAAUACUUGGACUCUCCGGAAUCUACUGAGGACUCAUCGCCCAUAGAUGAUCUAGGGCAAACAAGUGGUUCUGAUAGGCUGGUUAUCGUCAAAAGCGCGAAUGUUCAAGAUGUUUUGAUCGAUACUAUUCAAAUGGAGAUCCAGUUGAGACCGGACUCUCCUAGACCAAUCAUUCCCACAAACGUGUCAGAAAUCACAAAACAGCUCAUCCUGACGUCAGCAUCAAGUGUGAAUGCCGACACUCUGGCAACCCUUGGGAUCUCUUGCGUAAUCUCUUGUGCCCCAGAACUGCCAGACUCGCCGCUCACGGAUCAGUUGAUAUAUCACAAGGUGGACGUAACAGACUCUGGAUGUUCCAGGAUAUUGCCACACUUCGAUGUUGCUGCAGAUCUUAUAAAUAACCAGGUAGCAGCAAUGGGAGGCCGGACGCUAGUUUUCUGCGUAGCUGGGGUCAGCAGAUCAGCUUCCAUUUGCAUAGCCUACCUGAUGAAGCACUUCAAGCUCUCCCUCCUCGAAGCCUACAAUCUGGUAAAAUCAAGCCGGCCGAGGAUCAGACCUAACUGCGGAUUCUUCAAACAAUUGAUUGAAUACGAGAAAAGCCUAUUUGGAUGCAAUACGGUUCACAUGGUGUUCAAUGAUGUGGUUAGGAUGGAGAUUCCUGAUGUUUAUGAGAGUGACUACAAAGUAGUCACUUAUAGGAGAAAGAGAGUCGUCGGGAACAAGGGUUGAGGGGAAUUUUAAGAGGUUGUUGUGGAAUAAAGGAUAAAGGAUUUAUGGGGAUAUGCUCGUUGAUGAACAACACGUAUAUCGGCUGAAGCAAAACUCAUAUGUUCUGGUAUCGCAAAUCAAAACUGAAGAUGCUAUAUAUUCAGUGGUUUAAGUACCUAAUGGUCAUAAUUUUGGGGGCAGUUUGGAGGAGAAGAAUAUUAAGGUCUAAACGGUUUUCAACGAAUGAAAGCUCUCAACAUACCUCCAAAAUAUAUUCUAUAGAUCUACCUAAAAUAAUGCAUCUAAAGAAACAAAAGGUAAUUCAAAUGCAGCAAGCAAAUUGGAUAUUUUAGAGGUUUGAAGUAGAGGACACAUCCAAACAUAAUUUAUUUCUUAGAACUAGAAUAAUACUUCAUUAGACAGAAGAUCGUGAGACUAUGGAUGCGGUGUACAGCUGUUUUUUGGAAAGGUAUUGAAAAUUUAGGAGCACUGUACCUUUUGGUUGAGUCUACCGUGAGGGUCGUCAGUGUAAAAAUGAUGCUAAUUAUUGUAAUAUUUUACAGCAGAUCAAAUAUCAUGUGACGACACAUUAUAGAUUCGUCGAUAAUAACGAGUUUCAUUUUUACAAAAUGUAUGCGUAUCUACCACAUAUUCAAGAAAUUAAGCAGGAAUUUGAGGAAAGAUUAUAUCAGUACUUCAACCUUCUAUUACAUAUUUUAUAUUUUACACCUAGUACAGAUGAAUAUACAUUUUUUACAAGUUUCAUGUCGUAGUUGUGUAAUAUGUCUAUUUGUAUUAGUUAUAAGAGAAAUAUAUUUUUUUAUAAAAACAUGUAAUCCGGUUGUAUUGAUUACCAAUGUAUGGGACCAAAUAAAUGUAUUCUUAAUUAUA